AUGGCAUAUAUUCUUCCAGUGAACAGUGGCAUGCUGAGCCUCGUCAUGCCCGACAAGCGUGAGCAGUUGGUGUGCGCCACUGCUCUGGCAGCCUUUUGCGGCUGUUGGCUCAUGGGCAUCAUGUCCAACUACCCGUUCAUGCUAGCGCCCGGUAUGGGCACCAACGCCUUCUUUACCUUCACCAUUUGCCUGGGCCGCGGCCUGCCAGUGGAUGCGGCCUUCGCCGCCGUCUUCGUGGCUGGUUUGAUCUUCAUCACGCUGAGCAUCACUGGACUGCGGACAUUGAUGAUCCGCUUGUUCCCAGAGGGGAUUAAGGACGGGAGGUUUGGAAACUGGAUCAAAACAGAUCGUUCUUUGCCAGCUGGAGGACGAGUGCGGCGCUACAAAGAAUCCAUCGGUGCAGGGGUGGGACUCUUCUUGACCUUCAUCGCGUUUCAGACAUCCGAGGGCAUGGGCUUGAGCGUGGGAGACAAAGCCACCUUGGUCACCUUGAAUUCCUUGAGCUCCAGCAACUAUGAUGCAGCGAAGCUUUGGCUGAGUAUUGCCGUCCUUUGCAUCACAGCCACCUUGUUCUCGGCGAAAGUGCCCGGAGCUCCACUCAUCGGAAUCAUGUGCGGCACCGCAGUCUGUUGGAUUGAGGGCUUUGCGCGGGGCGAAGAACACUCCGUCUUUGGCUACCCCUUCGGCACGGACGGCGACAGGAGCAAUCCUGACUUCAAGAUCUACGUUCCCACGAGCAUGUUCGCUUCUCCCUCCUUGAGUGGUUUGUCAGGAUCCCUGUGGAGUGGCUUCGCGGCCGCCUCGGACCCAGCGCUGGCUGCCACCUUCUGGACGGCGGUGGGGACCUUUUGCUACACCGACCUCCUGGACAGCUCAGGGACCUUCUUUGCUGUGGCCAAGGUGGCGGGCUUAACGGACCGGCGAGGGAAUUUGCCCUUGGCGAGGCAGAACAUGGCGUACCUCGCGGACGCCCUGGCUGCGUUGAUCGGUUCCAUGCUGGGCGUCUCCACCGUGGCCACCUUCGCGGAGUCCACCGCCGGCGUGGCGGACGGCGCCAAGACGGGACUCGCGUCGCUGGUCACCGGCGCUUGCUUCCUGCUGGCGAUUCCCAUCGCUCCGGUGGUUUCGGCGGUGCCGCCCUUGGCGUCGGGGCCCAUUUUGUGCUUGCUGGGGGCCUUGAUGUGCAGCUCAGUGCGGGGCAUCGACUGGGAUGACUAUGAGGAGUCCAUGCCAGCUUUUGUCUCCAUGGUCACCAUGCCCUUCACCUUUUCCAUCGGCUACGGCAUCAUUGGAGGGCUCGCUCUCUGGAUUGCUAUCCAAAUCCUUUUGGCUCCCGUUCGCAUCUACCGAAGGGAAGAUCCCUUUGUACGCUUCAAGAAGCUGUGGGCAGGAGUCUUCGUGGAGGGACUGGAAUCCGAUGAUGAGAACCUCAGUGAAAUGGAGACUGAAUCAGGAAGGAGUGGAUCCGAAUCUGAAUUUUGA